AUGAAUUCUCCAACUCCAUCGCCAUCAACUUUACCAAAUUCAAAUAGUCAACAAUCACAACAACAACAAACAUGGAAGAGUUGUUGUGGUAAUUCAAGAUGUAUGUUAUGUGGUACACCACGUUGUCUUUGUAUGAAUCAUCCAUCAUGGACAUUAAUACUUAGAGUUGUAUUUUUCUCAUUAUCACAAUUGUAUCCAGAUAAGGAAUCUUUAAAAUUAAGAAAUAAUAUAAAUAAUAUAAACAAUAAUUAUAAUAAUAAUAAUAUCAACAAUAAUAAUAAUAAUAAUAAUAAUAAUAAUAAAAAAUAA